GACAUUGCUGUCAAAACUCAUCAAAAAAAUACUAUUUGAACAUUUAAAAAUAUAAAAUGGAUUCAGAUGCCGAUGGUGGCGAGACCGUUUCGAAUUUCUCUGAAAAUUCGACGGAUUUUGAAGAAACUGAGGAGUAUAUUGUAGAGAGGAUUUUGGAUCGAAGGCAUUAUAUGGGCCAAUUACAAUACUUGGUCAAAUGGCUGGAUUAUAGCGAUGAAGAUAAUACCUGGGAAUCGGCAGCAGAUCUCGAUUGCCAUUCACUUAUUGAUUCGAUUGAAUCACAAAAAAGUCUGAAGAGGGGUCAAGAGCUGAAUAAUCAAUAUGAAACUAAAGCUAAACGACUGAAAAUCGAUCCAUGUCUAGUAGUAGAUAGUCCUUUUAAUCAUGGUUUCACUGCACAAGAGAUUCUAAAAGGCGCUAAAAACAAUGGUGAAAUAUCGUUUUUAAUUAGGUUUUGGCAUCUCGAUCAACCACAAGUGGUGCCAAGUGGAAUUGCAUAUGUGGAAAUACCGCAGAUGGUUCUGAAAUUCUAUGAAAAUCAUUGCAAUUUUCACGAUUAUUUAAAUAAUUAUAUAUCAUGACUUGCAAUUCU